UCUGGCCUUGACGUGUAGCGCGGUGCUGCUGCUGUGUGCGGGCUGUAGGAUUAGAUAAACUGUAAACUAGCAACAUUUAACCCGUCCGACAUACCGGCCACUAAACUGGGAACCGUUAGAGCGGAGCUGAGCCACCAUGCUGAAAUGUAGGACUGUAUGGAAAAAGCUUGCUCCUCUUGCUAGAGCCUCGUCCACUGUGUGCCGGCAGAAUUUGAGAAGAGCAGGGUUGAACAACGGCAGAAUACCAGCAUGUGUUCCUGCGGCUCACAUGUCCACUGGGCCUGCAGGGGGAGGAAGGCAAAACCAACUGUACGCCCUCUUGGUCGGGGCAGCCGGCCUUGGUGGAACGAUAUAUGCAUACCAAACUGUCAAAGGAGACAAAAAGCGAUAUCAGGAGCGUCUUGAUGAAAUAGCAUCAAGACCAUACAAACAAGCCACAGAAGAGGCAGCUGUACCCACCCAGACAGAUGCUCCCGCUGUCUCUGAGCCAGAAGCAGCACCUUCACCAAAGAAGUCGAGCCCUGCGGAAAAGACUGAACUUCCCCCAGGAGUGGCCUCUGCAACUGCCCUAACCAAGAUCCCCUCACAUGCCCCAUAUCUCCUUAUUGGUGGAGGUACUGCCUCUUUUGCUGCGGCCCGGUCCAUUCGAGCCAGAGACCCCGGUGCCAAGGUAUUGAUUGUAACUGAUGAGGCAGACCUUCCAUACAUGAGACCACCUCUUUCUAAGGAACUGUGGUUCUCUGAUGACUCCAGUGUGGCGGAAACACUGCGUUUCAAACAGUGGAAUGGAAAGGAAAGAAGUAUCUACUUCCAGCCCCCAUCAUUCUACAUUAAUCCUGAAGAAUUGGAAAGUGCAGAGAAUGGGGGAGUGGCUGUUCUUAAUGGCAAAAAGGUGGUUCACAUGGAUGUGAGAGGAAACAAAGUCAAACUGGAUGAUAAUACUGAGAUUUCAUAUGACAAGUGCUUGAUUGCUACCGGCGGUGUGCCAAGAAAUCUGCAGGUCAUUGAAAGAGGAGGAGAUGAGGUGAUGAAGAGGACAACUUUGUUCCGCAAGAUCAAUGACUUCAAAUCACUGGAUAAAGUCUCCAGAAACGUUGAGUCCAUCACAAUCAUUGGAGGAGGCUUCUUGGGCAGCGAGCUGGCCUGUGCCCUCGGCAGGAGAUGUAAUGAGUCUGACCUGGAGGUGAUACAGAUGUUCCCAGAGAAGGGCAACAUGGGAAAAGUGCUGCCUGAGUAUCUGAGCAACUGGACAACAGAAAAAGUCAAGAAAGAGGGCGUGAAAGUUAUCUCAGAAGCUUUAGUAAAAUCCGUGACCUACAAGAAUGAUAAGUUAGAAAUCAAACUGAAGGAUGGCCGAAUGGUGAAAACUGAUCACAUUGUUGCAGCUGUUGGCCUGGAGCCUAAUGUUGACCUUGCCAAGUCAGCAGGUCUGGAGGUGGACUCUGACUUUGGUGGCUAUCGGGUCAAUGCAGAGCUGCAAGCCAGGUCCAAUAUUUGGGUGGCAGGAGAUGCUUCUUGUUUCUACGACAUCAGGCUGGGCCGCAGGCGGGUGGAGCACCACGAUCACGCUGUUGUGAGUGGUAGACUAGCAGGAGAGAACAUGACGGGAGCCAACAAACCUUACUGGCAUCAGUCUAUGUUCUGGAGCGACCUGGGUCCUGACGUAGGCUACGAGGCGAUUGGGAUCGUUGACAGCAGCCUACCAACAGUAGGAGUGUUUGCCAAAGCCACUGCCAAGGAUACACCUAAAGCUGCUACUGAGAAGUCUGGUACUGGGAUCCGCUCAGAAAGUGAAACAGAGGAUGUAGCCACAAGCCCAGCGGCCUCUUCAACACCCGCCCCCCUUGCGCAGCCACACAAAGACGACUAUGGCAAAGGAGUCAUCUUCUACCUAAGAGACAAAGUGGUGGUGGGCAUUGUCCUGUGGAAUGUCUUCAAUAGAAUGCCAGUCGCAAGAAAGAUCAUCAAGGAUGGAGAGGAACACGUGGAUCUGAAUGAAGUGGCCAAACUGUUCAACAUCCACGAGGACUAACACGGUGAAGGCUGAGACUCAUUACAGGAGGGGAGUUAAGCCUCAUGUGAAGACUGAACUUUGGCAGUCAUUGCCACACACUUUCAGACACAACUGAUCAUGCAUACAGAGGGGAGGCUCAAUGUAAAUUACGUCAUGUUGCUGAAAUAUUUUCAUAUUUGGAAUCUGAACCUGCUGCAUCAUUUUUUUUUUUUGUCUGUUUUUUUUCUAUUCAGGAGAAAUCACUGUCUCAUCUUCUUGCUGCCACCACUCUUUGCUCAUGUUUUUGUUUUUCAAGUCAUGGUCAAAGUGUGAUUGUCUGUUCGCUUUUCUGCACCAGGUUGAUAAUGUUCAGCAUGGAUUAUUGUUGUGUUCCUCUGUGUGUGAUCAGAGCAGCUUGUUGUGAGAAAAGCUGCAAUAAAAGCUAUUUUUAAAUUGGA